AUGGGUUCUAUUGACACCAGCUUCGACGUCUUCAAUGGGUUUUACAACACCAUCAACGGACAGCUAAGCAAGACAGAGAAGACCAGACAUGGCAUCAACCCCGCAACGGGAAAGCCAAAUCCCGAAGUCCCUGUUUCGACACCGCAAGAUGUCGACGACGCAGUAGCAGCUGGCAAAGCCGCCUUCAAAACAUGGUCAAAAACCCCAUGGGCAGAACGAAAGAAGGCUGUUCUUGCUUUUGCCGAUGCUCUAGAAGAGCACGCCCAGGACUUUGGUAGACUGCUCACACAGGAGCAGGGUAAGCCUCUUCAAUUUGCCAUCCAAGAGGUUCAAACCGGAGUCCUCUGGCUCAGGGCGCUGUCCAAGAUCGAAUUGAAGGAAGAGGUUGUUGAGGAAGAUGCACAAAAACAAGUCAUUGUCCGAUACACACCCCUCGGGGUGACGGUCGGUAUUGUCCCCUGGAAUUUCCCCAUCCACCUGGCAUGUGGCAAGAUCGCCCCCUCCCUUCUUACUGGCAAUCCAAUCAUCAUCAAACCAUCUCCAUUCACUCCCUACUGCAAUUUGAAGAUGGGAGAACUGGCCCAAAAGAUCUUCCCGCCUGGUGUCCUGCAAGUAUUGAGUGGAGACGACAACCUCGGACCAUGGCUCACGGCCCAUCCUGGCCCCGACAAGAUCAGCUUCACUGGCUCUACUUUCACCGGAAAGAAGGUCAUGGAAAGUGCCGCGAAGACACUGAAGCGAGUCACUCUCGAGCUGGGAGGUAAGGAUCCAGCCAUUGUCACCAAGAAUGUUGACAUCAACACUGUGGCGGCCAAGGUUGCCACGCUUGCUUUCCUCAACUCUGGCCAGAUCUGUCUUGCUAUCAAGCGAAUAUAUGUGCACGAAUCCAUCCAUGACCAAUUCAGGGACGCCAUGGUCGCAUUCACCAAGACGCUCAAGGUCGGCGAUGGCACCGAAGAAGGCGUAUUCCUUGGACCCGUUCAAAACUCCAUGCAGUACGAGAGGGUCAAGACGUUCUUCUCAGAUAUCGAGAAGGAGAAGUUGAGUGUUGCCGUGGGUGGUAAGAAUGAGGACAAGCCUGGAUACUUCAUCACACCCACUAUCAUUGAUAAGCCGUCUGACACCUCGAGAAUCGCGACCGAAGAGCCUUUCGGCCCUAUCGUCCCACUCAUGACGUGGACUGAUGAGGACGAUGUUAUUGCUCGCGCGAACAACACCAAGAUGGGUCUCGGAGCUUCAGUCUGGUCCGAUGACCUGGAAGAAGCUAGCAGGAUUGCUCGACAGCUUGAUGCUGGAAGUGUUUGGGUCAACACUCAUCUUGAGCUUGACCCCAAUGCGCCGUUCGGAGGCCAUAAAGAGUCUGGCGUAGGCUACGAAUGGGGGGUCGGUGGUCUGAGGGCCUUCUGCAAUGCCCAGACCUUGUAUCUGAAGAAGACUGCUUGA